AUGUCGACACCUUCCGACCACAUCUCAGACUCAGACAAGGUCGCCUUCGAGCCCAAGGCAGACCACCCCGACAGGGAGCAUGGUACCAAGGUAGAGCUGCCCGAGGAAACCCCUCACCUCUCGAUUGGGGAUGUGUUCAGAGGCACCGCUGUCCAUAAAGUCACCCCGUUUGAGCGUAAAGCCGCUUUGAUCAACGCUGAGAUCGACAAGUUCGGCUUCGGCAAGUACCAGAAGUGCAUCUGGCUUUUGUGCGGGUUCGGAUACUUCCUCGACUUGGCCUGGGCACAGGGUGUCGCUCUGAUGGCUUCGGCCGUAUACCAGGAGUUCGGGACACCCUCGGGAAGGCAAGGUCUGCUCUCCACCUGCUCCAACGCCGGACUCAGCGUUGGUGCAAUCGGAUUUGGUAUCAUUUCCGAUCUCAUUGGCAGGAAGUGGGCCUUCAACCUCUCGUGCCUCAUCACCUGCGUCUUCGGCAUACUUCUGGCCGCGAGCAAGAGCAGCUACGGCGCAGUCUGCGGGAUAUACUUCCUAGCGAGCAUUGGUCUUGGAGGAAACAUCCCCAUGGACGCGACCAUCGCGCUCGAGUUCCUGCCCCAGAAUCGCCGCUUCCUUGUGUCCCUGUUGAGUAUGUGGCAACCGAUCGGCAUUGUCUUCGCGUGCGCUGUCGCUUACGGCACCACCGCCAAGUACCGAUGCGACGUGGCUCUGCCCGCCUGCAACGCCGUUGGCAAGGGGGAGGCUUGCUGCAGCCUCUCGAGCAACAUGGGCUGGAGAUACCAGUGCAUCAUCAUUGGUGCCGUGACCCUGGUCAUCUUCUUCGCCCGGUAUGGCAUCUUCAGGUUUCACGAGUCGCCUAAGUUCCUCCUGAGCAAAGGCCGCGAGCAGGAGGCCAUCGAUGUCCUGCACAAGAUUGCCAAGUUCAACGGAGCACCCGAGCCCACGUUGACUGUUGAAGAUUUCCAUGCGGUCAACAGCGCUCUCGGCAUCGACGAGACCCAAAAUACCACUGGUUCCGGCUCUAAGGACGUCAUCCGCCGCGCGUUUAAGAACCUAGGCUUCCUCCGUGGCAUCUUCCUUAGCAAGCUCCAGUGCUUCACCUUUUUUCUUUUGGCCCUGGCCUACAUGGGUGACUACUGGUCUUUCAAUCUGGCCGGCUACUUCCUCCCAAUUGUUUUACUACAGAACAACGUGGACAGCGGCGCGAAUACCGUCACCGCCACCUACCGCGAGUACAUCUAUAUCUACCUUCCCGGGAUUAUUGGCGCCUUCGUCGCCCUUUUCUCUGUCCAGUUGCCCUUGAUUGGUAGAAAGUGGUCGCUGGUCAUCUCGGCCGCGCUACAGGGGCUGUCCAUGGCCAUGUACACCCAGGUCAAAACAACCGCCGGCUAUGUCGGUCUCAACGCUCUCGAGUACAUUAUGCAGACUUAUUUCAACGCGGUGCUGUACGCGUCCGCGCCCGAGAUGUUCGACACGACCUCCCGCGCUAGCGCGAGCGGUUUGCUGUCCUGCCUGGGUCGUAUCGCCGGUAUCGUCGCCCCCUUUGCUGGUCAAAAGUACAUUGACCAGGGUAGGGCCGGUGUCCUCUGGCUCGGCGCCGGCGGUAUCUGGCUCUCGUCUUUUGUCAUGUGCUUCCUCCCCAUCGAGAUGAGAAACAGGCAGAUGUACUAG